UUAAUAAUAUACAUAAUAAUUUAAAAUUUUGUAUACAUUUUUUAAGAUGUAUUAAAAUUAUUUAUUUUAAAACAAUGCAGCCAUUGUGAAUAAAGUAUUAUUACAGUGGCGUUGUUGUCACUCAACUUUUAUAAAUUUGUUUUUAUAAGUAUAUUUUUUACUUAAAAUGGGUAAAAAGAGUAAAAUUGGAAAACAGCGUAAAGAUAAGUUUUACCAUUUAGCCAAGGAAACUGGUUUUAGGUCUCGAGCUGCCUUCAAGUUGCUUCAAUUAAAUAGAAAGUUUGAAUUUCUUCAAAAAGCUCGUGUUUUAGUUGAUUUAUGUGCCGCUCCUGGAGGAUGGAUGCAAGUAGCAAAACAGAAUAUGCCUGUGUCAAGCAUUGUCAUUGGUAUAGAUAUGUAUCCCAUAAAACCUGUACCAGGAUGUAUAUGUUUGACACAUGAUAUCACAACUCCUGAAUGUCAAUCUGCACUUUCUAAAGAAUUGCAAUCAUUUAAAGCUGACGUUUUUCUUAAUGAUGGAGCUCCCAAUGUGGGUCAAAAUUGGAUUUAUGAUGCUUACUCACAGACAUGCCUCACACUUAGUGCUUUAAAACUUAGUUGUUACAAUUUAAGAGAAGGCGGAUGGUUUAUAACCAAAGUUUUCCGAUCCAAAGAUUAUAACGCUUUAAUGUGGGUAUUUAAACAACUAUUUAAAAAAGUUCAUGCCACUAAACCUCAAGCCUCACGAAGUGAAUCUGCUGAAAUUUUUAUUGUUUGUCAACAUUACUUACAGCCAGCAAAAUUAGAUUUACGGUUUUUCAAUCCAAAUUAUGUUUUCAAAGACUUAGAAGUUAAGCCUCAGGUUAAAUUGGACUCUGAAAGUAAAUCUAAAAAGACAAAAGCAGAAGGUUACCCUGAUAAUACUACUAUAUUAUUUAAACAACUUCCAGUUUCAACUUAUAUGGCUUGUAAAAAUCCCGCUAUAGCAUUGCAAGAUGCCUAUGAGAUUACAAUUGAUGAUUCUGAUAUAAAAAAUCAUCCAAGCACUACCCGUGAAAUAUUGGAAUGUUGUAAAGAUAUCAAAGUUUUAGGACGAAAAGAUAUUAGACUGUUAAUGAACUGGUGGAAAGUAUUUCAAGAAAAAGAAAAAGAAUCAAAAGAUGACAAAGAAAUAGAUUCAGGAGAUGAAAAUAAAGAAAAUGAUAUUGAAUUAUCAGAAGAUGAGAGAGAACUAGAUGAAGUUGAUAAACAAAUUAAAGAACUUCAAGAUGAAGAGAGAAGAGAAUUAAAACGUAAAAAAAAGAAGACUAACAAAGAAAGAACAAAAUUACACACUAAAAUGAAUUUAAAAAUGGUUCAUAAAAAUGAUUUAGGUCCAACUGAAGAAAGAGAAACUGGGGUGUUUCAGUUAUCUGAUAUAAAAACUAAAAAAGCAUUAGAGGCAGUAGUUGAUCAAGAACCAGAUAUGGUAUAUUCUGAAGAUUCAGACAUUGAAAUUAAACCAAAAAAGGCAAAGUAUGAUCCAAGCAAUACUUACCUCGACAAAUCUGGAAUGUUUUAUCGGUCUGAUGAAAGUGAAUUGGAACAUGAAUCAUCCGAUGAUAUUGACAGUGAUACUGAAGGAUUAGGUUUUAAAGAUAAAGAUCUUUCUUUUAAAACUCUUCCCAAGAAAAAAGUGACAUUUUCAGAUCCCAAUGAAAAUCACCCACUUCUAACAGAUCUUGAUUAUAGAGAUGUUAAAGAUAAGAGGAUGUCAAAAGCAGAACUUUGGUUUGAUAAAGAUAUUUUUAAAGAUGUUGAAAAAGAAGAAGAUGAAGAUUAUGAAUUGGAUAAAAUGGCAUUAGUUUUAAAAGCUAAAGGUGGCAAAAUGUAUAGAGACAACUUAGAUAACAAUAGUGAUGAAACUGAUGAUAAUAAAGAAAACAAUAUUAAAAAAAAUACUGUUCAAAUGGUUAGCAAUAAUGAUGAAACUACAGAUUCUGAUUCUGAUUCAGAUAUGAGGGAAGAAGAAGACAAUUAUAGUGGUGCUAUACCUUUGAAUGAAUGGGAUGAUAAGCCUGUACUUACACCAGCUGGUAAAAAACGAAAGAAAAAAGAAGCUAGAAUUUUAAAUGAUAAUGGAUUAGCACUUGGCACCUUGAUGGCCUCUUCAAAGAAAAUGAAAAGAGAUAUUAUAGAUGCUGCUUGGAAUAGAUAUGCCUUUAAUGAUGAAGAUUUACCAGACUGGUUUGUUCAAGAUGAAGCAAAACACAUGCACAAAGAAAUGCCUGUACCAAAAGAAUUAGUCAAUGAAUUCAGUAAAAGACAUGAAGAAAUUAAUGUACGCCCAAUAAAAAAAGUCGGUGAAGCUAAAGCUAGAAAGAAAAAGCGCGCCUUACGUAAAAUGGAAAAGGCAAAAAAAAAAUUAGAAGGUGUUGUAGAAAAUGCUGAUGUUACUGAAGCUGAAAAAGCAAGACAAGUUAGACAGAUAUACAAGAAAUUAAAACAACCUAAAGCAGAAAUUAAGUAUGUAGUAUCAAAGAAACAUACUGCUGCUAAAAGAGCAAAACGUCCACCUGGUGUUAAAGGUCCAUAUAAGGUUGUAGACCCAAGAAUGAAAAAAGAUAUGCGAGCUAAAAUGAGAAUGGAUAAGAAAAAAUCAAAUAAAAAGGGUGCAAGAGCAAGGCCACUUGUCAAAACCCGUCGUGGAAAAAAAUGAAAGGAAAAAUCUGACUCAAUUUUAUUUUUAUUAUAGUUACUAUAUAACUAAUUAUUGUUGAUUUCAAAAUAAAACCCAUUUGUUAUCAAUAAA